CGAAUGCUACACUCUCAAUUGAACCGUAUUAAUAAACAACAGUCAAGGCCGCUUUGCGUUUUGAAACCCUGUUCUGAAGCCUCGGACAGGGUUUGGGGAGGGGCCAGAUCCAAAUCGGCCCGAAGAGCUAGGUUAUGUCUGCUUAAAGGAAUGGACAGGCAACAGCCUCAUCAAGCAGCGUCCGGGGGUGGAGCAACUCAGGUUACAAAAGCUUAGGAUUGGCUGAGAUGGAAGGCUCUCAGCCAAUAAUCUCUAAACAAGGCUAGGAUGGGGCGUGACAAUUGGCCCAGAACCAAUGCACGAGCAAGGGUGGAACCAUGGGGCGGGAGCAUCCUCGAGCCAAUCGGAAGUGCUGAAGAGUGGGCCUGACAGUCCGAGGUCGGCACUGGAGCCAUGAAUAUCUUGCCGAAGAAGAGCUGGCACGUCCGGAACAAGGACAAUGUUGCCCGCGUGCGGCGCGACGAGGCCCAGGCCCGGGAGGAGGAGAAGGAGCGGGAGCGGAGGGUGCUGCUCGCUCAGCAAGAGGCCCGUACGGAAUUCCUACGGAAGAAAGCCAGGCAACGAAACUCAGUGCCUGAGCUGGAAGCAGAAGACCCAGGAGCUCCAAGUUCUGGCCCUGUGGACCUGUUUAGGGAGCUGCUGGAAGAAAGGAAAGGAGUUCCCAGAGGCAAUAAAGAGCAUGAGGAAGAGAAGCGACAGGAAAAGGAGAGGCAAGAGAAAGCACUAGGUAUCCUGACUUACUUGGGCCAGAGUGCAGCAGAGGCCCAAACUCAGCCUCCUUGGUACCAGCUCCCCCCAGGGCAAAAGGGCUGUCCUCCAGGCCCAAGCCCAGAUGAGAAGAUCAAGAACCGAUUGGAUCCCUUGAAAGAGAUGCAGAAGCAUCUGGCAAAGAAAAGGCACAGCAGUGAAAGCCAUCCUUCCAAAGAGGAGCGGCCUCAGAAACAACGACCCAGAGAGCCACCUUCCCUAGAAAAGCUCCGUGCUGAGCGUCUUCAGCGGGAAGCAGCUGAGAGAGCUCGAGCAGAGGCCCUUCUGGCCCGGGUACAAGGCCAGGUAUCCCAGCAAGGUCAGGUGGAAGCAGAAGAGACAGAUGAACGGAGGCGAAGAUACAACUCCCAGUUCAAUCCCCAACUGGCCCGGCGACCCCGCCAGCAGAACCCAACUCCUGCCCACUGAACUCUCUUGUGGGGAUAGGAGAGGCCGCAGCUGCCAGCCGUCAUAUAAAACUAUUUAUUCAUAAAUAUUUUCCAAAAUGAAAAUAGGUUUACCAAAAAAUGUCCCUCACUGGGGAGGGGAGGAGGGGGCAGCCCUUGCCCCCAGGCCCCCAGGGUAGGGCAGAGAGGAAGAGAAAACCUCCCUAUCCCUUCCCUGCUUCCUGGGAGGGAGGGUGUCCCAUGGCCUUGGGCCUCCCCCAGUCUUCCAGGGCAGGGCCCUCACCUGGGCAGGGGGGUCAGCAUGCGGGGGAGGGGGAAGGUAGAGGGGGGCCGGUGUCACUGGAGGUCCCGGUCCUCCAGGUAGCGGUACUCAAAGGUGAAGCCUUCCUUCUUCCGCUGGCCCCACUUCUCGUAGUCAAAGUAGAUGUAGGUGCCCUGGCCGGGGAAGAAGGUGGUCAGUGAGUGGAUGAAGAGGGAGACUGAGAUCUGGGCCAGGCAGAUGGAGAAGAGGUAGUUGUCAGGGGCAUGGAGGUACCAAGCCAACUGUCCUACAUGCUUGCACUGUCAGACUCCACCCUUGGUGAUCUUAAGAGUGAAGAAGGGGCCAAGCCUGGCCUUUGCCCCACAUGGGCUGCAGGUACAAACAUAAGGCCUAAGCUUAUUAAGUGACACUGAGGAGUAAGGACCGUCAGGUGGCCUACAAUGAACAUAUGCACCAUCCAGCACUCUGGAGAGACACUUCACUGUAACUGAGAUUCUGAGGGACUCAGUGCCCUAAGAGAUAUUCGUGUCAAGGACCAAAGCAGGGCAGGAUAGGAAGACUGAUGUCAAGGUUGGAGAGCAUACACCAAGAAAGCAGCUAGGUCAAAUGUCUGAAAUGCUUCAAAGUGGCCUGGAAGAAUAUAGAGGACAAAACAGAUUUCUGUGAGAAUGGGGAUCGAUGAGGCCCAGCUUGGUACCUGGAAAAUGUGUACGGUAAGGAAAAUGUGUAUGGGGAAAGCCACUGUUAAAACACACCAACUGAAAGCAAUAAAAAUUCAUGACACUCA